ACCAACCACCCCUGGGAAAUCAAUUUAUUCUUUUUUUUUCCCCCCCUUCCCUCCUCACUUGAAUCUACAUCCUUCCUCCCUCUUUUCUCUCCAAUUACCAUCAACAAUGCCGGCCUCCAGCUCUGCCACCCCGUCGUCCUCGAAUGGCCGCCGCCCCAGCCGGUCUGGGGGCUCCGCCAAAGGCACGGUCAUCCUGAAGCUGUCGCCCGACCUAUUGAGCCGGUUCGCUCCUCCUCCGGCCGAACCCAAGGACAAAAAGGGAAGCAAGAGCAGCGAGGCCCGUCCGGAGUCUCCUGUCAAGGAACAGCCGUCGUCUCCGGCGUCCUCCGCGGCCGAGAUGCCCCUGCCACCGUCUUCCGUCGACAAUGCCUCCGACGCCGCGUCGACGCCCGCCGCGGGCACGUCCAACCCCGACACACCGCGCCGCAAGGGCAUGCCGGGCCCCAAACCGGGCAGCAAGAGAGGCCCCGGUACUCCGAGCGAGACGUAUCCCCGGCCGCGCGGCAAACCCGGCCCUAAGAAGAAGCCUCGAAUGGACGACGGAACAUUCGACGCCGGCAAGCUCGUGGCGGCGCAUAAGCUAGGCCCCAAGGCCAACACGGGUGCCAUCAAUGCCGGCCUCCGUGCGUUGGAUCGGUCGGGAGCGCCCUGCCGCCGGUGGGAGCGCAAACCUCUCCAGCUGAAGAGCUUCACAGGCGUGCAGUGGGGUCUCUCCUCCUGGCGCACUCCUCGGCCUCAACCCCAGGAAAACGGCGAGUCGAAGGAGGGGGUGCUGGAGACUGGGGACAGUGACAGCAAGGCCAAUCAGAGUGCCAGUGGAGUCCCCAGUGAGAAGAGCAACUCUGGCGACGGAGAUCUCACGCCGGUGCCUCCUAAUAUUGCUGAGCCGUCGUCACCCGCUAUUGCCAUGACUGCCUAGUGGCUUGAGCCACCUUUAUUGUCUUCUUGUAUAUUAUUGUGUUACUACUUCUAUUUCCCUUGGUUUUUGGGCGUUGAUCUGGUUGAUCUGGUUGAUCUGGUUUGUUGUAUUGGAUGCUGCUGGUUCGGCGUUUGGGGUGGUUCUAUGGUUGAUGGGUUGACUGGGAUUGCUGACAUGGCUCUGGAAUGGUUACUCUUUCAUGGAAUUCCAGGUGUCUUAUAAUUUUGGUGGUGUUUGCAUCUUUGCCAGUUAUCAUGUACUAUUAAAAGA